AUGAAUUCAUCAUCUUACAACUUCAACGUGUCAAGCAGUCUGAGUAUUCGAGACUCCCCGAGCACAGCUGUGGCUAAAAAUGUGAUUGUUCUCGCUCUUGGCCUCGUCAUCAAUUAUAUCAAUGGCACACUGGUUCACACCUUCAGAAAACACCAGAUAUUUUACGUGAAUCCUCGUUACAUUUUGUACAUCCACAUGGUACUGAAUGAUAUGAUCCAGCUCACUAUAGCAAUCAGCCUGUUUGUCUUUAGUUAUGUCUUUUACAAAAUUAAUGCUUCUCUCUGUUGCCUCAUGGUUACUUUUGCCACAGUCACCACCAUCAACACGCCAUUAAAUUUGGCUGUAAUGGCAGUAGAAUGCUACAUCGCUAUUUGUUUUCCACUGCGACACUCGAAACUCUGUACUAUCAAAAGAACUUACGUUCUGAUCGGCUGUAUUUGGGCUUUGAGCCUCGGGACAGUUGUGCCAGACAUCUUUAUUACUUUGGCAACAGAACCUGUGGGGCUAUUUUCUUCAACAAUAUUUUGUGACAUUGAUAAACUCUUCCGACAUCCAGUAAUUUCAGAAAAGAGGGAUGUUUCUUAUCUAAUUUUUCUCUCUUCAGUUUGGCUAACCCUGCUCUACACCUACUUCAAGAUAUUUUUUGCAGCUAAAGCAGCUAAUUCAGUAGAUGGAAAUUUCAAGAAAGCCAGGAACACAAUCCUGCUUCAUGGUUUUCAGCUACUGUUGAGCAUGGUAAUAUAUUUAUUUCACAUCUUACAGACGGCAUUGAUACAAUGGUUCCCUGAACAUUUUUUACACAUUUUAUUUGUUUGCUACGUCAUUAUUCAGAUUCUCCCCAGGUUUAUCAGCCCCAUUGUGUACGGGCUACGAGAUAGUACAUUUAAAAGAUAUUUGAGAAAGUAUCUGCUCUCUGGCAUGGCUCGGCUCAGGGUCGACUGGCACAGUCCCGAUCGGUCGGCCAGCUUCCUCUGGAAUGUCCCUGUUGCUAGGAACCCCAGUGUGGUCAGCACCUGUGCGGGUACCGGCAAUGCAUGGCUCCUCGCCAUGUCGCGCUCCAAGACCGGCCGCAGCUCCGCGCACUGUUCCAAGAGGGUCGCCCUCUGGAACCUAAAGUGGCUGAUGAGCCAGUCAUCAUCGUUUGCCAGAUUUCUGAAGCGUGAAGUGAUCUGA